AUGCUUUCGUCGGACCUUACUGAGUCCUUGACGUCCUCCUUCGCCCCGGAGCUCGUCAGGGCCUCCACCUCUGACCUUCAAGCUGCCGCCGACGCCACCUUCCUCCACAACCGCCGCGAGUACCUCGUCCGCAAGGCCGCUCAUGAGGUUGCUGUGCACAACUAUGAGUUCGUAACGGCACAGCACGCCACUCGCCAGGCUUUGCUCGACACCUACAAUACGGCCAUGGCGCUCCAUAUCCCCAACAGCCUCGCCUGGGCCGCUGCCGACAACCGCACCUGCACCAUCCUCCUUGGUGCACUCCCCGACUCCCUCAUGCGCCGUUUCCAAGCCCGUGAAAUGCGAACCUCCCUAAUCUGGGCAGAGCUCCUGUCCGUGUUUGAGCGCCGUGACAUCAGCUCUGUUGGCGUCCUCCUUCAGGAGUACUUCUCCAUUACCCUCGCUACCUGUGACGGCGCAGUCGACUACGUCGGGCGCAUGCAGGAAGUCGCUGAUCGCCUUGCGGCUCGCCAGUGCGUCCUCCCUGAGGCGCUGCAGAUCCACCGCCUGCUCUUUAACCUCACAUCGGACUAUGAGUCGCGUCUGCACGCCUUCACUGAGGCACACCCCCUUGCUGGCCUUGACCCGGUGGUCCAGUGGAUCAUUGAUACGGAGGUCAAGCUCCGCACACCCAUUGUCAACCUCACCACCCCUCAGUCCUCCUCCUCCCCCUCCCUCAAUGCCACGCAGCCGCGCAACCCAGAGACCAUCCGCAUUCAGCUGAAAGCAAGAGAGCUGCAGAGAGACAUCGUGCUGAGUGAAAGAGUCAGGGAGCACGAGGCAGCAGCACAGCACAGGAGAGUGCUGGAAGAGAUGGAGGAGAGGUUAUGCGCAUAG